UAAGAAAAUUCGCAGCCAUUUCGUGGAAACUUCUGAUAUUCUCAUAUACAUUUUCUUGAGCUUUUUCUUUCACUUUCCCGCUCCACCCUUUUUACUUUCUCUCCUUAUCCUCUUUAACUGAUUUUAUUCAAUUUACGCCUCUCUCUGCACCCAACUUCGUUUGGUUGCUGAGAAAAGAAAAACACUUUCAAAGUUUUUGAGCUUAUCUGAAUGGACGAUUCGGGUCAAACUUUAAGUAACCAAACGGGGAGGUUUAGAAUGGACGCGGUGAAGAUGCAAAGUAGGUACAUGGAGAGAUCGAAUAGUAUGGCCAGGGAAAAACGAGGGUUGGAUUCAACUUCAGCUGAAGAAGCUCAACCCGAAAGAAAACGACCUGCUUUAGCCAGCGUAAUUGUUGAAGCUCUUAAGGUGGAUAGUCUGCAAAAACUUUGCUCGUCAUUGGAGCCUAUUCUUCGUAGAGUUGUUAGUGAAGAAGUUGAGCGUGCUUUAGCAAAGUUAGGCACUGCCAAACUCACUGGGAGGUCUUCUCCCAAACGUAUAGAGGGUCCUGAUGGAAGAAACUUGCAGUUGCGCUUCAGGUCCAAGUUGUCUCUUCCACUCUUUACUGGUGGAAAAGUAGAAGGGGAGCAGGGUACUGCAAUCCACAUUGUUUUGAUUAAUGCAAGCACAGGUCAGAUUGUGACAUCAGGUCCAGAAUCCUCUGCGAGACUAGAUAUUAUUGUGCUUGAAGGUGAUUUCAAUAACGAGGAUGAUGAAAACUGGGCCCAAGAAGACUUCGAAGGCCAUGUCGUCAAAGAGCGUGAAGGAAAGAGACCAUUGCUAACUGGAGAUCUGCAGAUAACACUCAAAGAAGGCGUAGGAACGCUAGGGGAGUUGACGUUUACUGAUAAUUCCAGCUGGAUUAGGAGCAGGAAAUUCAGACUCGGGUUGAAGGUUGCCUCUGGCUCUUGUGAGGGUGUUCGUAUUCGUGAAGCGAAAACAGAAGCUUUCACAGUUAAGGAUCACCGUGGAGAAUUAUACAAGAAACACUAUCCACCAGCAUUAACCGAUGAAGUUUGGAGAUUAGAGAAAAUUGGAAAAGAUGGGUCCUUUCACAAGAAGCUGAACAAAGCUGGAAUCCUUACAGUUGAAGAUUUCUUGCGAUUUGUGGUUAGAGAUUCACAGACAUUGAGAAAUAUUCUCGGUAGUGGCAUGUCAAAUAAGAUGUGGGAAGUUCUUCUGGAGCAUGCAAAGACUUGUGUUUUAAGUGGGAAACUUUAUGUGUACUAUCCCGACGAUGAUAGAAGUGUUGGCGUUGCUUUCAACAAUAUCUAUGAGUUGAGUGGCCUAAUUUCCAAUGGACAAUAUUUUGCCGCAGAUUCUGUUCCUGAAAGUGAGAAGGUGCAUGUGGACACCUUGGUGAAGAAGGCAUAUGACAAUUGGAUGCAUGUUAUAGAGUACGAUGGCAAGUCUUUUCUAGGCUCUGAACCGGAGAAGAACUUGUGUAUAUCUAAAAGUGAAGUUCCCAUGACCUCUCAAGAUUAUAACCAUUCAUUUGACCAGCAGUACCUACCAGCGCUACCAGUUUCUGUUCCAUCAGCGCAGCACACCAUGGAUUCAGGACUAACGGGGUACAACGAUGGUAUGGCCACCAGAUUCCCUAUUCAGUCGCAUAGUGCAAGUUUGAAUGUUCCGGUUCAGUUCAAUGGCUCUUCGUUCGCUUGUCAAAAUCAGUUACCAAGCACUUCAAACGAAGCUCACCUUCAAAGAAGCGAAAACGUCCUCGCCAUUGGUCCCCUGCAGCCACUAACAUCCGGCUUCCAGAAUGUUGGCGUGUCCAAUCUCGCAUCUUUUAGGGGAACAGAUGACUACUUCGCAGAGGAAGAUAUUCGUAUGAGGAGCAAUGAGAUGCUUGAGAAUGAAGAUAUGCAGCACUUGCUUCGAAUGUUCGACAUGGGAGGGGGUCAUGGCCACGUCCCAAGUGUUACUGAAGAUGCGUUUCCAUAUUCAUCAGAAUACAUGCCCAGUACAUCUCUGAACUACAACUUUGAUGACGAUCGAACCCGGUCUGGGAAAGCUGUCGUUGGCUGGCUUAAGCUCAAGGCAGCCUUGAGAUGGGGUAUUUUUAUCAGGAAGAGGGCUGCUGAGAAACGUGCCCAACUCGUCGAGUUGGAUGAUCCAUAAAUAUGGUGCAUGGCACAAAGCUGAUCUGAUUUCGGCAUCAAAGCCUUCCUUUUGGGCUAAAAAGUUUCUAAAAUGAAGCUAAGAAAACAGUCUCGGCUUGAACUGUCGGGUUGUGCAAUCCUAUGUUUAUGCUCCGGCCAUUUCUUGGAUUGUAAAACCUUGACGUCUGUGGCAUCUUCUUUCUGCUUGUACAGUCCUUGCCCUUCCUGUACAGUUAGUAAGCUUAUAUCUUUUGACAACUGCUUAUAGCUAUGGUUUUAAUCUUUAAGGAUGGUGUUUGUCUCAACAUUGCUCUUGCAAAUGGUAGAACCAUCAGACCUGAGCUGUUUCAACUGAAGAUGUUUGCCAACUCAGCAGGAUUUUCGGUAGGAUCGUGUUUAGAUAGUGCAGUGUUCCAGCCAAACUCCUAUUUCAACUUCUAAGUUAACCUUUGCCUCCAAAAACACAUGUCAGUAUUUUUUUUCCAAUAUUUUUUUUAUUUUCAUAUUGAUGUUUCUUGUAGUUAACGCAUACUUCCUGCAAAAUUUUAAAAGAUUCUGAAUAAUUUAUUGUGCUGAAAAAAAUAAUUUUUAAUAUUUCUUGAUAUUCCGAUUUAUCAAACUUGUUCGAAAAAAUAUAAACAUGAAUCUGGCACUGUAAACUACUCAAAAUAAUUUGCAGGAAGAAUACCGUAACUACAAAUAACACCAUCAUGAAAAAAAUAUUAGAAAAAAAACUAUGACUUUUGUUUUUUUGAGACAGCAUUGAUUAAGAGGUUGAAAUAAGAGAUUGUUGCUGACCUCUUAUUAGGUAGAGUUAGGAUUGUUCUUAUCUUAGAUUAGUAUUUGGAAAUGACAAGAAUCCAGUCAAGGUAGAAGUUUUGCCUCUGCACGACUGUUUUUUUGUAAUCGUAGUUGUGUUCUUAAUUGUUAGUGUGGUGAAGUCUUGGCUAACACGAAUUAACGUGUAGUAGUGGUGAAGUCUUGGUUAACACGAAUUAACGUGUAGUAUUUGUAUUUAAAUUUGUAUUUGUUUUUGUAACACGAGAAUAAAAAGGUGCAGUGAUGAUAAUUUUGCCGGAUCAA